GAAGUUGUUAAUCAUUUUUUCUUGGUUGUUUUUUGUUAAAAAUCUUAAGAUUUAGACGAGACUUGCACACGGUCUGGUCAAUUUCCCUAAAGUGACUUCGUGCGGAUUUGAUGAGCAAACGCGCGUAGAGUGAUGUCGAUGUCGAUUAUUAAUUGACUUUCGUGGGAAAAUGAAAUGUGCUGCAUCGUUUUGCAAAAGUAAAGUGCACAGAGCAUCCAACGGUAUAGGUUUUUUCCGCUUUCCCAAGGACAUCGUCACGAGACAAAAGUGGAUUGAUUUCUGUCGGCUGCUGCCGAAUCGACAAGUGACAGCCAAUUCGCGUCUUUGUAGCCUCCAUUUCAACUACGAACGUGACCUGUACGUAGCCAGCAGGGGAGGUAAACUUUUAACCAUACCGGGAGCGGUUCCGACAUUUGGAAAUGUACAAAAUUUGAAUGCAAAAUAUGAGGGAAAUGAACGAGCAAUGGUUUGUCAGCGUGUUGAAGAGAAUGAAAGCGAAGGUUCUAUAAAUUAUACCAGCAUGAAUGAUGACCAUUCAUAUUAUGUUGAACGAAACCAGCGACCACAGCUCGGACUCGACGAAAGUUCCGUUUGUCAACUGGAGUCGAAAUUGUUCAAAAAAAUGAGUGAAUAUGAUGCUAUCCACAUUUGUGAUCACCAGUAUGCUCGACCAGCAUAUUCUUUCGACGACGUGGAUGACGGGCCAAAGCCAUUGGCCGAAACUGAGCCGAUCAUAAAGUUCAAAACUGUUCUGUUGAUCGAUCCACUGCAAGAUUUUAGCGAAAACGUUAAGUGCGAAAUUAAAUGCGAGCCCGGAAGUUAAAGAUUUGGAAAUUGUCCGACAAACUAUUUACAAUGAAGUGCAAUAGGCGUUAUUAUAUUAUUAGUAUGAUUGUCUCAAAAGGUCGAAAACAUGUCGAUAAUAAAC